AUGUCUGAAGAACUGUCUCUUCAAGCACAAUCUAAUAUUGAAGAAAAUGACAAGAAUUCGGAAACCCAAACUGUGUUGUCAUCUCAGCCAGAAUAUCAGUUGAAAGAUGAGGAAGGACAUAUGGCAGCAGCUACAAUGAGAAUUGGAUCGAUUAUUAGUGGAGCUACUAAUUGUUCUGAAGUUCUUAAAGAAGUGCAAAAGAAUUUGAACUCUGGCUAUUAUCCAAGAGUUGUGGCAAGUUUUUGGCAUCAUGGGCGAAAGCUGACUGACGAAAUUAAUUUGAAAAGCAAGUUCUCACAGAAAUGUACGAAAUUCAUCAAGUGGCAGCGCGAAAAUCCAGCUGAAUUUAAGAAAUCUAUUGCUGCUGAUUUUCUUAAAGAAUUGGACAAGAACUUCAUCUUGCUUCAAAUUACUUCAGAAGUCCUCAAUCAAAAUGCAGAAGCAGAAGCAAACAACACAGAAGAAAUCAACAAUAGUGUUACUUCUUUCAAUAAAAAGUGGCACUUAGCAUCACUCCCAAUUCCUUUCAAUGUUCUGAUGCUCACUGGAGGUCAGAUUGGAUUCGACAAAAAGGGUUUGAAGCAAAAGUUAUGGCUAUUGGAAUUCCAUAACCAACUGGAUAGCAACACAAGAAAGAUUGAAGCUGCUCGUUUGCUUUCAGAUGAUCAAAACGGUCUCUUGGACAUUCUUGCAAAGAAUCCCAUAGAUGCUGAUUUAAGAACAGCUGCUUUGGAAAAACUCAAGGCACAGUCAUGUGAUGUUAGCCUUUAUAGCAUUGAUCUUCCGUCAAGAGAAGCUUUACCCACAGAUGAAUGCAAAGCUAAUGUGAAUCUUUCUUCUAUGGUGGUACCUUUGUGUGGAGAAGAAUUAGAUUUUUCAGGAGUUGUUCACACUGAUAACUCUCCAAAAAUUACUACAUUUCAAGAUAUGCGAAAGUGGCUGAAUAUUCUGACAAACAAAGAUAUUGAAAAAAUUGAAUGGUUCAAACAAAUUACCAACAAUUUAAAGGCAUCUGGUGAUGAUCAAGAGGCAGCAAAAAUGUUUUAUUGUUAUCAAGCUAUAUUGGCAGCUUACAAAAGUUUUACAUUGGAAAGUUGGGAAGGUUGGAUUAAGCUUUAUGUUAUACUCUCAGUGCAAUCAUUUCAAGCAAAUCAAAAUGAUACAAACUCUGAAAGAAAUUUGAUUAACCGAAUUGAAGACUCCAAACUUCGAGCCAAAUUUAUAAUCCCUUCAAGCUUCCACGAAAUGAUUCGAAGAAUUCUGUUUCUGCAUCAAUAUUUAAUAAAUGUUCGAACAUCAGCACAAAACGGACAGGGGCGGAUUGUCAGUGCUCGCUUGGCCAUGACUUGUACAUUGCCUAGUGGACAACCUCAUGAAGGACAUUGCUUUGGAAUUGAAGAGAAAAAAUACUACAAAGACCUAUUAAAAGAUGCAGGUAUCAAUGUUAAUUCAGGUGUGCCAAAAUAUUUGCUCCCCCAUUUGAGCAAAUCAGUGCCAACAGUUCUUUGCGGACCCAAAUAUACAGAAGGAAGUUCCAUCUACAUGACAGAAUCACAAAUUCAAAAUAUCCAGUGGAAAAGUGGCCAGGUUUUGGAAGCCAUUGACAAUGCAACCCACAGAAACUUGCGUCAAUUACUCCCUGCUGUGAUGCAGGUUGUAGUAAAGCAGUUGGAUGAAAUUAGCUACUUUUGCUAUCAAAAAGAUGAUACACAACAGCAACAGAUGAUGUCGAAAAAUGUUUCAAUGCACUUCAAGCAAGUUCUACGUGUUUUUUUACGAGCACUUAUGCAAUAUGCAACAUGGAGCUCUGUGCAGGAGGAUCUUGGUACAGCUCUUUGCGGGUAUCUUGUGACUUGUCUAAAAACUAAACGAGUACAAAAAGGUUGGUCUCUCAAUCCAAAAGAUAAGGAUGACGAAAAAAUUCAAAAGCUUGAGAAGUUCAAGAAAGAAUGUACAGGUUGCUCAACUCUUAGACCGUUUAUGGUCACUGACAAAUAUGGAAAAGCGGCACUGCAAUGGGAAAAACAAACAGAGCUUGAAAAAUGGGCCAAAAAUGCUGUGAACAGGAGAUGGAGAAGCCCUUCUACUGAGGAAGCUGCUCUGGAAGAAGCUUUAAACCAGAAAGACAAAGACACAUUGGAUGAUCUCUCCUCUGAAGAUGAUUUCCUUCGCAUUAUUCUUCAUUGUAAGAAUGAUACAAAUUGGAAUCAGCUAAUUGGCUGUCAAGUUAAAAGUUUUGGAGCUGGUAAUCCAGUUACGCCCAGCAUCAUUGUACUUUUUAUUUGGCUCGGUGGGUGGUGUGUGUAUGAUCCAAUUUCGGCCAGACGCACUUAUGCCUUGGUGAAUAAUAAUGGGACUCCCAUCACAAAAAAAAAUGACUAUUGUCAGUACAAUCCGAACAAAGAUAAGAAGAUUACAGAGAAUGAGUUGUUUAAUGGAUUCACAAAAGUUAAAGUUGGCAAGAAUAAACCAUACGACAACCAGGAUCUUGCAAUUAAGACAAAUAUCCCUGCCAUAUUUGAUAUCCUUUGCUUGCUAAUCCACAAAAAUAUUUUGGAAAUAUGUUUUCCCAAUCAACAACUCAAAACAUACUAUGAAAAAACCCGUAAAGCUUCUUCAAUGACAGAAGAUUUCACAGAAGCAAUUAAUUUAAUUUCUUGGGAAUUGUUAUUACCUCAAAUUAAAUUGAAACCCUUAACUCAACAAGCUGAAGAGAAUGACAAGAAUACAAAAGAUGAUCAGAUUGGGCAAAACAUUUCUGGUGACAAUGGAAACAAUAGUCAACUGAAUCAAACUCAACAAACAGAAAAUGGUGACAAUAGAGAAGAGCACACAGACAUUGAGAAGAAUGCACCCAUGCCAAUUAUGGAUUUUCUCAAUCUGUUAUUAGGCUCAGAAACCUGUCAAAUUAGUGAAACUCAAAGGGCCCUUUGGACAAGAAUUCAGAAGGAGCUGAAUGAAAUUCUUGACAAUCCAGCAACGUUUCUGGAACACCUCCCAGAAAUUAUUGCUAAGAGAGAAAAACCCGUUGAUCCAAUAACAAAUGAAGUUGCAAUCCCCAAUAUAUAUUUAAAGGCAGCAGAGGCUCGGAAGCUUUUUGGCAUGGCUAAAGCAAGUGAUGCUCCCCAAGAACUGGAAAUUACGAAAGACGCUAUCAAGCAAACUGCAUUAGACUACAUUGGAAAAGGUUUGAAACUCACCACUGUCUACAAUUUCAUGGACUAUUCCACAAGCAAUAGACGAAGAUCUGAGUCUACCUUAAAGCAGGAGGACAUUUUAAGCUUAUUGGUGACACCUCCAAAACACCAAAAAGAAGGUCAAGCAAAAGCAAAAGCACUUCAAAAUCUUGAUGAGCAUCAGCACCAAAACUUAGGCAUAGCUGUAUAUAACUUUGCAAACGAGCUGGCAAGCUUUCGAUUGACAAAAAGACAGGAUGAUGAAGGGGAAACUAAGAUGACUUACGAAACGUGGCUUAAGCAAAUGUCUCGUGAAGAGUUAUAUCAGAGUUUAGGCUGCAGAAUAUUACCGGAUGAGGCUGUUGAUGAAAAUGUGAUUCCAGAAGAAAAUAACAAUGAAGAUGAGGAGAGUGAUGAAAAUGUGAUUUCAGAAGAAAAUAACAAUGAAGAUGAGGAGAGUGAUGAGGAGCAAGACAAAGAAGAUAAUUAUGAAGAAGAAGAGAAAGAGGAGUACACAGAGAUUGCAGAAGGUGCCGUUCAUUCAUGUCCCUUGAAUAUUCUCUGGGGAUUUCAAUUGAACCAGAAAUACGGAAACAGCUCCAGAAAUAAAGCCCACAAAAAAUUGAUUGACCGAAAUAUAUUCCAACAAUUUGUAAAUUUGCAGCGAGAUUACAGCAUUUUAGAAGGGAGAUUACACAAGCGAAAUCAGCAUAUUGAUGUGGUGGAAAAACAAGAUCAAGAUAAAGCAGCUGAAAUCGAAAUUUUGGAAGAAAAACUUAGAGCCGAAAAGAAACAAAAUUCAGUGCUCCAACAAGAACUGAAGAGAAAAACAGAGUUACUUGAGAAAUUACAAGCAAGCAGGAAUAAAAAUAAAAGAAGGCGAACUGAGGAACAACCAGAAGAAACAGCAUGUGCUGAGAAGAAAACUGAUAGUUCAAAAGAGAAUGCCUCAAUGCAGCGUCAAGAAAUUUUUCAAUCCAGGAAAGAAGCUAAUAUUACGAUACAGAAAGAUAUUACUUCUCAGUCAGCCAAACUAAAGGAUGUCAAACAAAAAGAGGCACAUACUACUGCUACUAAGAGAAAAACAUUGGAAAAGAAUCAACAAAAAGAGGGUCAACAGAAAAUAUUCAAAACAAAGUUGGUUCAGAAUAAGAAUGCACAACCAGACGAUUUAAACGCAUAUUCCAGCCACUUCAAAAGAUCUAUCGGAAUCUUUUGA